AUGAGUCUUACUGCCUUCUUAGGUGACGAACAAUUUGGCUCGACCAGCUGGGCUGACGACGUUGAUGAUUUGCCUUCUUUGCCCCAAGAACGUCCUAGCUUCCGUAGUAACUAUUCUGCAGCAGAAGCACCUUCUGCUGCUUACGAGCCCGCUAGUCGUCCUAUGGCUGGCGACGGUCGCCGUGACGCCGGCUUCGAACGUGAAGCUAUCCCCAUUCCCUCAGAGCCUCCUUUCACUGCUUACAUUGGUAACUUGAGCUUUGACUUGACAGAAGCCGAUAUUGCCGACUUCUUCGGUGAUGGUGUUACCAGCGUCCGUCUUGUCACCGACCCCAUGACUGAGCGCUCUCGUGGUUUCGGCUACGUCGAAUUCAAGACUGCUGACCUUUUAAGCUCCGCUAUGGCUUUGUCUGGUGAGACUCUUAUGGGACGUGCUAUUCGCAUCACCGUCGCCGAGCCUCGUCGUGCUGCUGCUCCUCGUGACGACCGUGACUGGGUUCGCCGUGGACCUCUCCCUCCUACCGAGCGCGGAGACAGCGGAUCUCGCGACGGCUUUGUGAAGAGUCGUACUGUACGUGAUCCUGCUCUUGACCCUCUUGAGCCUCGUGAGUCUCGUGAGUCUCCCCGUGAAGAGCGCGAUUGGGUUCGUCGUGGUCCCCUUCCCUCUCGUAACCCCAACAGCCGUCCUCGCCUCAACUUGAAGCCUCGUUCGGCCACAAAUGAGCAAUCUGAGAGCUCUUCAACAACCUCUGCUCCCUCUAGCAAGCCUAAGGCUGAUCCUUUUGGCGGUGCUAAGCCAGUGGAUAACACUCCCGUUCUUAAGCGCGUUGAAGAAAAGCUUGCCACCAAGCGCACCCACGCCGUCCGUAAAGACAGCACAGCUUCUUCUAACAACGAAGCUUCUAGUGAAAAGAAAGAGGAUAAUCCCGUAGAAAAGAAAGAGGAUAAUUCCGUAGAGCCCGUUACUGAAAAACUCUCAGAAGUAAAGGUUGCUGACCAAGAGGAGGCACCUGAAAACACUGAAGCUGAAGCACCAAAAGAUGCCGAAGCUGCCCCUGUUGCCGAAGUAGAAGAUGAAGGUUGGACAAAAAUAGGAAAGGGUCGUAAGUAG